AUGUUGAGGUGGAGGGAUUACAUUCCGACGGAAGCCGAUGGCCAAACUCCCAUUUACGGUGAGGAUUCCAAUCUGAUUACAGUUAAGCUUUGCCAUGGGGGUGGGUUUGUUCUGCAAAAUAAGUACAAUUAUGUGGAGGGUGAAGUUGAGUACUUUGACAAGGUAGAUUCUGCGAUGCUUACAAAAGUGGGGCUGGAAACCCUUGUUGAUAGGACUAAGUAUUGCAGGCCACAUAAACUUUAUUUUAAGGAUCCAAAUGUGGAAAGGCAUGGAGGAUAUAGAGUCAUUGGAGGGGAUAAAGAUGUUUAUGACUUGAUAGCAUUGAAGAAUGAAUCUGGGAUUGUUGAGGUGUUCAGGUUAGGGGCGAAUGAGUUCGAUUCUUUCAUGAAAAAAGGUCAGCAGGAUAAUCUAAUAUGGGAUUCUGAAGAUGAAGAGGCCAAUGAUUCAGAUUAUAUUGCUGGAAGUGAUUAUGAAAUGUCUGACAUGGAUGAUGAGGAUUCCAGAAAGUACGUUGAUGAUAGGGUUGACUCUACACUAUGGUGUUCUUUUCAGCAACAAGCUGAUACAAAUCAUGCAGAAGAUAUGAAGGGUUCAAAUGGGAGUGAAGCUAAUGAUUCGGAUGAAGAUUAUGGGUCUUGUGAUGAUUUAUUGAGUGAAAAUGAAUCUGAGGAUGAAGAGAGUGAACGUCCAGUGAAGACGGGCAAGGUCUUUAACCCUACAACAGACAUGAAGAAUCCCAAAUUUGAGCUAUAUCAGAAGUUUGGAACUAAGUGGAUUUUGCUGGAUGCACUAAGAAGGCAUGGAAUUAUUGAUCGGAGAAUCAUCGACUUUAAGAAAAAUGAUAAGUUGUUUGGCAUGGGAAGUGUAGGCAUUGUAACUGGGAGAACCCUAGGGAGGUGGUGCUGUCUCGGCGGUGAAGAGGCAGAGGAGAUGGUGAUGAUGGCUUUGAUGGGGGCUGAUGGAGGCGUGGAGAUGGGGAGAGGUGAUGGGGCUGCCGGUGAUGAUAAAGAAGGGCUGGUCUAUGGUGUUGGUGGUGAUUCGACGGGCAGCAAGGUGAGGUAG